UCCUCACAAACAAAAAUAUAAGAGAAGUCUCCCUCCCUCCUUCCCUCCCUCCCCUGCACCCCCCCUCUUCUGUAUCUCUAUCUCUUUCUCUCACUUUCUCUCUCGUGCGUUCUUCUGAAUGGCAGGAUAGGCCAGUGUUCGGAGACUUAAAAAAGUGGUUAGAAUCACAAUCUUCGAAGUGAAGUAUCUCUUGUCUUCUAUGCCCUGCUCCCUGCAAUUAUCUGCUACUUAAGGGGUGUGACUGCCACUUUUAGCAAUUAUUUAUUGAGUUCUUCAUGGAAUCUGAAUUGGAACCCAUGCCUAUUGGGUCGCAGAAACGCGACCUGGCAUGGAAGCACUGUCAGAUGUUUAAGAUUGAAAAUCGGGUUAGACUGAAGUGUAUCUAUUGUGGAAAAUUGUUUUCUGGUGGGGGAAUCCAUAGAAUUAAAGAACACUUAGCUGGACAGAAAGGUAAUGGAGCUACUUGUCCAAGAGUGCAUCCUGAUGUGAGGCAUAUCAUGCGGCAAAGCUUAGAUGGGUCAGUGGUGAGAAUGAAGAAGAAACAAAAGAUAGCGGGAGAAACUGCUAAUCAACUCAUGAUUACUAAUGAGGGUGAAACGUAUAACACUCAAAGUGAAGCAGUCACGGGACUCCAAUUGCUUGCAGCUCCCAAUUCAGGGGAAACGAAUUUGGGUUUUUCAUCUAAGGAAGAGGAAGGAACGAUUGAUAGAAGUUCAGAAAGAUGGAAAAGAGGGGCGGGUGGAGACCCUUCUUCGGCUCCUCUUGGUGGUGCUCAUCCAAUUAGAGACCUCACUUUAGGAUUAACAAGGGGAAAGGAUCAAGUUCAUAUGGCAAUAGGUCGGUUUUUAUAUGAUGCUGGUGUGCCUCUAGAUGCAGUAAACUCUGUCUAUUUUCAACCAAUGGUUGAUGCGAUUGCAUCGGAAGGACCAGGGCUCAAACCACCAUCAUAUCAUGAUCUUCGGGGUUGGAUUUUGAAGAAUUCAGUUGACGAAGUAAAGAAAGUUGUAGAUCAGUACAAGGGAACAUGGGGACGGACUGGAUGCUCGGUCCUGGCUGAUGAAUGGGCUGCUGAACCAGGUAAAAUUUUGAUUAACUUCCUGGUUUAUUGUCCUGAGGGAACAAUGUUUCUGAAAUCAGUUGAUGCAUCAGACAUAAUCAGAUCACCAAUUGCUCUUUAUGAACUUCUUAAAGAAGUGGUGGAGGACGUUGGAGUGCAACAUGUGUUGCAGGUGAUUACUGACGGUGCAGAGAAUUAUAUUGAAGCUGGGAAAAUGUUAACGGAAUCCUUCCCCACUAUUUACUGGACCCCUUGUUCUGCUCGUUGCAUAGAUCUGAUGCUCGAGGAUUUUGGAAAAUUUGAGUGGAUAAAUGCAAUACUGGAGCAAGCCAAAUCAAUAACGAGGUUUGUCUAUAAUCACGCUGAGGUUUUGAAUAUGAUGCGAAGGUAUACAUAUGGGAAAGAUAUAAUACAGCCAGCAAUCACUCGCUCUGCGACAAACUUUACAAUUUUGCAGGGCAUGGUUAGUCUUAAAAAUAGUUUGCAGGCAAUGGUUACUUCACAGGAGUGGAUGGAUAGCCCAUACUCGAAAACCCCAGAUGGACUUGCAUUGAUUGAUGUCAUUUAUAGUCAAUCUUUUUGGUCUUCAUGCGUCACUAUCAUCCGUUUGACAGAUCCACUAUUGCGAGUUUUGAGAAUUGUUGGAAGUGAGAAGAGGCCAGCAAUGGGAUACAUUUAUGAAGCAAUGUACCAAGCCAAAAAAGCAAUAAAAAAGGAACUGGUUGAGAAGAAGGAUUAUCUGGCGUACUGGAAUGUUAUUGAUCACAGGUGGAACAGGCGACUUCAUCGUCCUCUUCAUGCAUCAGGCUUCUACUUAAAUCCCAAGUGUUUUUAUAGCAUUGAAGGAGAUGUACCUAAUGAAAUCAUGUCGGGGAUGUUGGAUUGUAUUGAAAGAUUGGUACCUGACACAAAGGUCCAAGAUAAAAUCACUAAAGAGUUGAGCUCUUACAAGAAUGCUGUUGGGGAUUUAGGGCGAAAGAUGGCAAUUAGGGCUAGACAUACUAUGCUUCCAGUUGAAUGGUGGUCUACUUAUGGAGGAGGUUGCCCAAGUUUGGCACGCUUGGCCAUACGUAUUCUUAGCCAAACUUGCAGUGCAAUUGGUUUCAAGCAAAGUCAAAUUUCUUUCAAGCAAAUCCACCACCAGAGGAGAAACCACAUCGAGCAUCAAAGACUCAGUGACCUCAUUUUUGUUCAAUGCAACUUGCGAUUGCGGCAAAUGCUACUUAGGAAGAAUAAAGAACUGGAUGCUUUGGAUCCUAUCUCCUUUGAUACAAUGGAUACCAUUCAAGACUGGGUAACGGAAAAGGAACACCCAGCAAAAUAUGGAGGUUCAGAUUGGAGGGUGCUUGUCCAGCCUGCAGCUAACACUAUGUUGGCUUUGUCUCCAAAUGAUGAUACUGACGGCUUGGUUGUAGGAUUUGAAGAUGAUGAGAUUCACAAUGGAGUAAAAGAUGAUGAUGAGAAUGACACUGAAAACCAGUUGGAAGAUGAUGGCGAUGGGGACCUGGGAGACCAGUCAUGAUUAUCGUAUCAAUGCAUCUGAUCAUUAUAGUCUUGAAAUUUGAGCACCAGGAAAGUGAAAGCAUCUGGAAAUGUAUGGCUGUUAAAAGGAUGUCUGAAACCACAUAUAAAGUUCUGUGAAUUGUUGAGAUUCCCCCCCCCCCUCUUAGUAAGCGUAUAUACCUUCAGGGAGCUCCAGCUCCUUAAUAAAGCAUGGGGUUGAUGAUUACAGAACUCAGGGGCUUUGCAAAUUGGAGAAAAUCAAUUGUUUACAAGCACUUGCCGGAAGACUAGCUAGAUCACUGAGAAAAAGAAACUCUUGUUCAGGUCAGACAACAAUUCAGAUAGCAUGGCACAUGAUCAACAGAUAAUUAAUAGAGAUUUACAGGGAUAUGCAGACGAUGAACUCAUGGUUGUGGAAACAAAUUGUUUUUUUUUUUUCUUUUAGAUUUUAAAGGCCUAUGAUUAUUCUGGUUGAUUAAGUUUGUUGGGAAUCAGAGCAGAGGUUGAGAUCAGAUCUUGACUUUAGGCUCUGUUUGCUUUACCUAAAUAUUUCUUUAGGAAGUGAAAUAUAUUUUUCAAGAGAAAUCAUUUUUGAUGUUUGGUUUCAA